UAAACAACGCAAUCAGUUGGGGUACUUUAUAUUUCAGAAAUAUAGGCUGCCAAGACAAAAUAAUAUAAAAAAAUCGAUUAAAGAAAGGGCUCUUACAGCAGCCUAAACGAAACAUAUAUACUGUAGAGAAUCCUACACACAAUGUUUAAAAAAUCAAAGCCCAAAGUGGAACCACCACCCACAGCGCCAACACUAGACGAAAUGCUUGCAGAUAUUGAAACAUUCGAAAUUUGCCAGCCUGCUGGCAACAACGUCAGUAGCAGCGCAGCUCUGGAACACGCACUGCUUACUGAACCCGAGAAUUUGACUCUGGAAACAUGGUGGCAAGUUUUUGACGAAUAUGAUCACAAAGUGAAGAAACUGGCAGCAAUGGAAGGUACACUGGACGCACAACGGGAAAAACUGUUAGCCUGUAAAGUUAAGCUGGAAAAGAAUGCCAAAAAUCUGCGCGAGGGUAUACAGAAGCAACAGACAUUAAUAAAGGAGGUGGUUGAUUGUUGACAUGUACAAA